CCUUUCCCCGCCCGUUGCAACUCGCCAGCCAGCCAGCCAUCGAACCCCCCUCCUUCUCCUCUCCUCGCCGAACCCACCCCGGCGCUCGCUGUCCGAAAUCCCCACCAAUUCGGCACGCCGCACGUGUGCGUACGUAUAUAACACAUCGGUCGACCGAUCAAUGGCCCUGCUCAAGGCCGCGCGCGUCGCCGACGUCCCCACCCUCGACGUCGUCGUGCCGGACCACCUCACCGCCGCCGCGCGGGUCCUCGGUACGCGCCGCUGUUCCUUUCGUCCCCGCGUCUCUACUUUUCGGUUGGUCAUCAAUCGGCCGGUAAUAACGCGCGCGCGUGCGACCGCAGACGCGGAGUCGGUGGCGACGAUGAAGAGGCAGCAGCGCGGCGCGGGCCGGCGGUUCGCGGUGAUCGGGCACCGCGGCAAGGGGAUGAACGCGCUGGCGUCGCCGGACCGGCGGCUGCAGGAGGUGAAGGAGAACUCGGUCCGGUCGUUCAACGAGGCGGCGCGCUUCGCCGUCGACUACGUCGAGUUCGACGUCCAGGUCACCAAGGACGUCUGCCCAAUCAUCUUCCAUGACAACUUCAUCAUUACUGAGGAGCAUGGCAAAAUUUCAGAGAAGCGUGUCACUGAUCUUCAGUUGGAAGAUUUCCUCCAGUAUGGCCCACAAAACAAGCAAGGCAAGAAUGGGAAGCCUUUGCUGCGGAAAAUGAAGGACGGCCGGGUGUUGAAUUGGAGCGUUCAGUCAGAUGAUCCUCUUUGCACCCUUCAAGAAGCAUUCGAGAAGGUCAAUCCAAGAUUGGGCUUCAAUGUCGAGCUGAAAUUCGAUGACAAUCUUGUGUACCAAGAUGAGGAGCUCACUCACAUCCUCCAGGCCAUCCUCAAGGUGGUCUUCGAGUGUGCCAAGGAUAGGCCUAUCAUUUUCUCUAGCUUCCAGCCCGAUGCUGCGCAGCUCAUGCGAAAACUACAGAGCACAUACCCUGUGUACUUCUUGACGAACGGAGGGACAGAAGUCUACGCCGACGUGAGGAGGAACUCGUUGGAGGAGGCGGUCAAGCUGUGCCUCGCCACUGGCAUGCAAGGGAUCGUGUCCGAGGCCCGCGCGGUCUUCAGGUUCCCGACUGCCAUACCGAAGAUCAAGGAGGCUGACCUCUCCCUACUAACUUACGGGACACUCAAUAACGUGCCGGAGGCGGUGUACAUGCAGCACCUGAUGGGGGUGAACGGGGUCAUCGUCGACCUCGUGCCGGAGAUCACGGGGGCCGUCUCGGACCUCAUCGCUGUCCCGGAGAUCGACACGGAGAUCAAUGAUCUGAGCAGCCAAGCUGUGAAAGAUGCCGCGUCGACGCCAAAUUUCACGCAGCGGGAGAUUUCAUUCCUACUGAGGCUGAUGCCGGAGCUUGUGCAAUAACACAGACUGCACCCCAUUGAUGGCUUUGGAUGUAACUGACUGAUUGGCAUACAGGAAGAGGAGCCCCUUGUGGAGGGCAGUACAAGUAUACGUACUGGGUUGGUGUGAUCUCCUUCGGUGAGCCCUGGUCCUAGGAGAAUUGGGGAUUGUUUUAUACAUGUUGUAGCGAGGGGGCAUUGAUUUAUACAUGUUGUAGCGAGGGUGGUGAUUUUUCUGGAUAUACAGUGAAUGUCAUCGUCACAAUGGCGGUGUUAUUACUA